GCGGCGCUUAGUUCGAGUCGGACCUCCGUCGCAGUCGGAUCGUAUCGUUCCGCCCUAUCACACCGUCUCUCUCUCUCUCGCGCGUGCUCUCUUCUCUCUCCCUUUUACCUCUCUCUCGCGCGCACACGUUCUCCCUUCUUCCCGUCCUCUCUCGUUUUCUCUUUUUCUCUCUCUUUUUUUCUCUCUCUCUCUCUCUUUCUCUCUCUCUCUCUUUCUUUCUCCCUUUUUCUCUGCGUGUGUAUUUAUACGCGUAUAAUAGUAUCUCUCUACGCGUAUAUAUAUAUCUCUCUCUUUCUUUCUCUCUUGACAACGACGUUCAAGAGUUGUUCCGCCCAGUGUAAAAGAGCGAAGAGAAAACGCUUUAACUCGGGGAAAGAAGAAGCAAAAGAAGAGAAAUCACGAGCUUUCCCGCGAUCAAAGCGCGUACGCGCUUUCGCCGAUGAUCCUCACCGUCGCCGCUGUCUCCGCCGCCUCCGUUACUACCGCCGCCGCCGCCGUCGUCGUCGUCGUCGUCGUCGUCGAGAGGAACUUCGAUGUAACGACGCGAAUUAACGAUAAACAAAGAGAAGAGUGAAAAGGAGAUACCACCGCGGAGUCUCUACGGAGCGCACCGUCCUGAAGUUCGUCGACGAAAACGAGAGAGGAAGCAGGGACAAGUAUAUAUCUACGAGAGCUGCUGGCUGGCCCGCGACACGGCCGAGUUGGAACGCGCCUCGUUUUCGCUCCUAUCGUCUUUGGGAAAAUAAAAAGGAGAGAGGAUAAUCGACGAAGAAGUAAUAUCGAGGAAGAAGGAAGAAAGAGGAUUAUAUAUAUAUAUAUACAUACAUACAUACAUACACGCGCGCAUAUAUAUAUAUAUACACGUACACAGAUAUAGUGGUGAGAUCGGUGCUGAUUGUGUUUUGUGCUCUACCAGUGUGUUAACGACGAAAAAGGCGACGGCCCGUGCAAUGGCCGUUUCAAAUACUUCGAUUCCUCUAUCUCGUUGAGAGAACUCUGUCUCCUUUUUUCCCCCCCUUUCUUCUCUCUCUCUCUCUCUCUCUCUCUCUCUCUCUCUUUCUCUCUAUCUCUAUCUCUCUAUUUCUCUCUUUCUCUUCGUCCUCUCCGUUUUUCCGUUUCCGUUCUCCUCUUCGCCCGUGGUUUGUGCCGCGAGUGGGUGCGCCGAUCGAAAAGUGUUGCUUCGAGAGAGAGCCAGCGCGCGCGCCACGCAAGUGUGCCCUUGGAAUAAGUGUCGAUCGAUGGGAAAAUAGUAAAGAAGGAAGGCAAAAAAAUAAAGAGGCUUACUCGCGCGCGUUAAGUUCGCGCGACGACAAUACGACUCGUGUGAAUAUCGAAGAAAUGAAUAAGUGAGAGUUAUUAUCGGCUUGAUAUCGAUAUAUAUACAUAUAUAUCAGUGUGUACAUCCUUCCUCGCCCUUCAUUGUGGAUUAUUAUUUAUUGGAUUUACCGCAACUAUCGACGAAGGAGACCGACCAGAGGAUCGCCGAAGGAUUUCUACGACCAAACUAAGAGGAGAUUCGCGGUUUAUAAUGCAGAGACAAAACCGGAACGGCUUGGAGGUGGAGGUUGCGCCGAUGCGUCCUAUAAGCACGGCCGGCUAAUAGCCCGCAGCCCAUCCCCGACACCCUGCAGCCACACCAGGUAAUUCGCUUAAUCUAAAAGAGUUUACGAGAUAAGUCGGCACACUCUUAUGCAUUCGUCAAAGUUUAUAGGAGAAAGAGAAGAAAAAGACGAAGAAGAAGAAGAAGAAGAAGAAGAAAAAGAAGAAAAAGAAGAAGGAAAAGACGAAGAAGAAGAAAUAGAAGAAGUUUCGAAAAAUGGUGGCCCGUCAAACGCAUAUAUCAAGUCGCGAAGGGGGAUGAAUCGUCCGACGGAAGGAAACGAACAUUAGCAGUCGGCGUGACAUGGAUGUGAGCUUCACGAACGUGUUGGAGGGGGCUCGUCAGUACUUCCAGGGACUGCCUGUACCCAGUGCAAGCGCGAUACCGUCGGAGGAUCACAAUCAUCCAACUUCGUCGACGAAUUCGGCCUCGUCGGCGUCCACGUCUCACGAUCAUGGCGUGGCUUCCUCUUCGGUGGCUCCGCCACCAGCACCGCCGUCCUCGGCGUCGACGCCGUCGGUGGUUAAUCAAGAAACAACGCGUUACUCCAGUGAUGUCGGUCAGUCCUCGUCUACCGAAAACGGAAGCUCCAGUUCCGGUCCGUUUUGGAAUCCAUCGGUGGAGCCGUAUCCACCGCAACCAACUAGAGUGGAGGUACCGGAUACCAGGCCGGGCGACGAGAGUUCCGAACCGAGUUCCUCGUCUCCUGGUACAGUGGUCACCUUAACUGAAAUGCAGCCCUCCAGUCAUCGAUCCUCCGCAACAUCCAACUUUCAACAGCAACAACAACAACAACAACAACAAAAGCAAUCGUCCGUAUCUUCCGCGUCCACCGAUCAACACUCGUCCCAUCAGACCAUAGCUACGACUACCUCCAGUUCACCCAGAUUGCAUCAGAUGCAACCACCUCAAAGAGAUCAUUCUCCGGAACCUGUUUAUCAACAACUCAAUAGUAUCAGUAGAACGUCAUUCGCCACCGUCGAGAUUUUAGCGACGUCUCAUACGACGUCUCAUCCGAAUUAUCAAAACGCGAACGAUCGACAGUCUCAAAGCGGUACGGCCAUCGUCGCUCAAAGAACUCAAUACUAUCCGAGAUAUCAUCACCCGGACAUUACGAAGAGCGCGCCGGCGCCGUUCUCGCAAAAUUCCGUCUAUCAAUCCGCCAACGUGGCGGUGACCACAGCCGGAAGCGUUCAACAACCGGCUACGAGGCCAACGCCGGUCGAACAGAGCAGUGUGCUCGUUCAUGGACAAGAUCAGCAACGAGUGCCGAGCUCUUCUUACGGAUCCAGCGUGCAAACUCCGUCGAGUGGAUCGACGGUUUACGGAUCGUCUCAGAAUUAUCGCGUAAGUGGGCAGCUUCAGCAAACUCGGCCGGUUGUUGUUAAUCCGACGGUCGACGAACGAAUCAGGCCGACGGCUCAACACGGCAUCGACGGAACUAGCGCGUCUUCGUCGUCCUCCAACUCCUCCUGCUCCAACUCGAACAACUCCUCUUCGGGGAACCCUUGUACUUCGGCAAAUCCACCUUGCAAUCCGCGUCACGGAUCCAGUCACAUUCCUUCGUCGCCUCAGAAUCUUCCGGCGCACAUUCCUUCUCCGCAUCUUCCCUCCGCAGCUUCCUCCGUUCACGGACAACACCCUCAGCAACAACAGCAGCAAGGCCAACAACAUCACACUCGAAUAAAUCCUUCCCCUCACUCGGCCAAUCCGAACGCCUACACCGCUCGCACGAUCCUCUCGCAGAGCGGACCGUCGCCAUCCUCCUCGUCGUCUUCGUCGUCGAACCAUCCGCAACAGAUGAUACCUCCUACGGGCUUAAGCGGUUAUCAUCCGAUAGCUUCGCCUCACGAGCCACCUCGUCACGCCACCCCAUCGCCCCACAGACAAUCUCCUCACGUAUCGACGCUUCACAAUCCUCACGCCUCCUCUCCUCAUCCUACACCGUCGCCCCACACCGCCUUCCAACCGCAUUCGCCGACUUACCCACCUCCUCCACCGCCGGCCAGGUCUACGCCACACUCCUACAGCGUGCCGGCGACGUCUCAGCACUAUCAGAAUGCCGGAUACAACGCUAGUCCUUACGCGCCGCCACCUCAGUCUUCGUACCAUUCCUUUCAGAAGAGUCCGCAGCAGCAGCAGCAGCAGCAGCAACAGCAACAGCAGCAGCAGCCGCUGUCGCAGUCGCACGGGAGUUACUACUCCCAACCGAAUAGAUCUCACAGCCAGUCGUACGUCCAACCAACUCCGAUGGGUGCACCGCCUCAACCGAUUUGUCCCGGUGGAGCGAAUAGCAACGGUGGCUUGAGCUAUCAGCAGAACAAAGCCGUAAUGUACAACGGUGCGGACUCGAAAAGGGGUCCGGCGGAAAUCGCUGCGAGCUACGCUUCUUACCGAUCAUCCUCGACGAGCGUGCAGAGAAGCAACAACACGCACAAUCUGCCACCGAUCGCCGCCUUGUCCUCCUAUCAUUCCAACAAGAGAGAAACGGGGAGUAAAGUGCAAUCGAUCCAACGACGAGUGCAUUCGAUCGGAACGACGAACAAAGUCCCUGUCGUGACACCACCCAGCUCGGUUAUGGUUCUUCCCCAAAGGAUUCCGGAUUAUCCUUCGGUCCCUGCGCCAAUGAAUCACGCGAUACCGGUUAAUGGGAGAACAACCAGCUCGGUCAACUCUACCUACGCUGGCAGAUACGCUAACCAGCAAAAUUAUCCGGCUUACGCGACCACCAUCGCGCCCAGUCACCACGGUAGCAAUUCCUCGAGUAACACCUCGGUGACGUCCAUCGGUGCCACGGUCCGAUCUUCCGUUCCGGCUCCUCCGGUACACGCCUAUCAGUCUUCCGACGCGACCGCCCACUUGGGAUCCUAUCAUCACACCGUCAGAACUGCGGAGAGUUAUCCGUACAAGGAACAAUCCUAUCAAAAUUCCUCGGCACCGAUGGUACCUGCUGUUCCAGGUACACCCUUACCGGCACCGCCACCGCCGCAGACCAACGGAAUCAGGAAAAGGGAGUCUCCGCUCGAUCUGUCCGUGAAAACCGUGAAGACGUCCGCGGACUCGACCGCGCAAGACGAUCUCGAGGCUUCUUCCACGGACAAGCACGCGAGUAGUUUGAACCUGACCUCGGCGCCGACGAUGUCGAGGAGUAGCAACGGUGCCAGAAGCAUGGCUCCACCACCGGCUAUUCAAUCCUUAGCGCCACCACCCAUUGCUUCUUACUCUAAUUACGACGCCAGAGUCUCGACCCGUGGCGUCAGGAGCAGCUCGUCCGUUCCUUCCGUGUGUCCUCGAACGUCGACACCGCAGACGGUGUGCGCGCCAAAGGUCGACUUCUUGCCGGAUUUCAAUUCGACCCCGCUUCGACAACAUCACGCUCCGCCGCCGCACGACAGUCCGAUCCGUAGAAAUACGGGUCAACAACUGUACGGGCCGCCGCCACCGCCACCGCCGCCUCAAGCGCCGUUGCCCUCGCAGUAUACGAACAACGCUGCUCCACUGCCUCAUAUGUCUACGUUCCAGAAGAGUUCACUGCCCGCAACGCCGGUAUACGACGGCAGCCCGGCACCACCACCACCACCACCGCCGUCUUCGUCGACGUCUUCGUCGUCUUACCUACCGCCCAACGAUUCCUCGAGGUCUUCUUCUAGAUAUCCCGUGGUGGAUCCCUCAAGAAUGGGCCCGACGACACUGCCCCUGCAAGAAUAUCCUUCCGACCCCAGCAAGUAUUAUUUAGACGCGAGAAACAAGUUCGGUUCACCGACUCAGAAAGAUCAUCGUCCUACCAUCAAGAGAUCCGGUGAAACCGUUUACUCUGGAACCGCUCCAAACAAGCAGCCUAGGUUGGAUACUUGGAGAAUAGCCAUCGACAAGCAGAUCGAGCAGAAACUCUCGACGGUCAGGUCGCCUCACGAGCAACAGAAGAGACAAGAAAUGAGUUUGCCCGUUGCCAUGCCGAAUGGUACCUUGAUAGCACCUAGUACUUACGAGCAGAGAUCGGACAAUGGUUAUUCGUCGUCGGAGUCUUUGAGGUAUCAACAAGCUUACUGUGAUAAAAGGAAUUACCCGGAGCCGAAGAUGGCACGUACCUCUCCGCCGUAUAAUCACCCACCUAUCUCGAAAGCAACGAACGUACACGCGUUACCCCAGCAAGUCAAUAGUCAGACAUCUUAUUCGAAUUAUAGACAGAAUCAGAGAAUGGCUUGUCCUCCGGUUAGUGCGAUGGCUACGCCUCCGGUCGAUCAGCCGAGCAACACGGGCGCCGAUAAACGAGUUUUGAGCUUGUUGAGGAAUAGUCUCGAGAACAAACAGCAGAGGGAAGAACAGUUGAACAGUCAACAACCUAUUUUGGUGAAUCACAAUCAACAGAGCUUUCAAAACAAGGUCGUCGCCCCAGUGGAGCCUAAAACGAACAUAGGGAGACACAAUUUAUCGCCGUUUACGGCGGCCAGUUUGUUGGAACGGAACAGCAACACGCCGCCGCAUUACAAGUUCCAUGUGCCGCGAGCCGUAGACUCGAUCACUCAAGAGGCCCCCCGUAGUAUGUACGCUUCGCGAGUAAAUUCAUCUGCCACGCUACCUGGCAAAGAAGCUCUCUUGGGACCUCGGGGAGCCGAGAAUCAAAUUCACCGUGACAAGGAUGACGGGCUUGCGGCCAUAUUGGCCGCGAAAAUCAGGACAAAAGCGGAACUUAAACAGGUCGGCACCGGACAGUUCUUGGCAAAACCCGUGGUUCCUUCUCAAGAUGUGUCCUCUACGCCAAAAGAGCUCGAUAGCGCGGCCUCGACGUCGACUCCACAGUCGGGCUCGUCCGCGGGCAGCCCACCGAAAUUGACUCGCGAAAAAGCGGCCUGUCUGCCACCGAGAAGACGUUUGUUCUCGAGAACGGAAGAAGAGAAUAUGCCGGUCGCUGCUGCGACGACGGUACCCGUGUCAACCCCAACUCCAGCAGUUGCCUCAACGGUACCACCACGUGCCAGUGGUUUUAGAAGUUCCUCCGAGACCUCGGUCUUUGACUUCAGAGAGAGCGAUUCCGAGGGUGAGAUGCCGGUGUUGGAGCGUCAAACCCUCGAGGAAAUGAGGAGAGACAGGAAGCAGUUGUCGAAGGUUCAACCUCCUAUUCCCUUGAACGAUGCCAUGUGCAUGAACAUGGCCUCGUCCAUGGAUCUCGUGAAAAUCGAGCUUAAGGAGAACGAGAAGAUCAACGAGGUGGAUCCAUUCUGGGCGGUAACCUGCGACAAGUUUAUGGAACAGUUGAGAGCAGGCGAUGUUGUGAAGAAGCGCGGACGAAAAAAGAAACUCGAUGGAACCUCUUCGAAGAUGGAUGAUACUGGUAACGAUAGUAGCAAGGAGUCCGACCUUAAUACCAACGACGCGACCGCUGACGUAAAGAUCAAAAUAGAGGACAUCAAAAAGGAGGUGCAGGAUGUGGUGGAAGCGGUUGUCGAUGAAAAGGUCGAGACCGCGGAAAGCAGCAAAGACGAUUUGAAAUCACCCGUUUCGAUAAAGAUACAGGUCGUCGAAGAGGAGAAGGUCGUCGAAGUCGAGGCGAAGGAAAAUGAAAGGAGAAAUUCCGGUGACGAUUCCGACGAGGUGCCAUUGAUCAAGAGAGCAACGAAAAAGAAAUCGAAGAAGGAGGAUAGCGAUUGCGAGGAAGAAAUCGUUUGUAGAAAGAGGAGAGUCCGAAGGGGUAGUAGGAUCAAAUUGGCUUCGUCCAGUGGUAGCGAAUCCUCCAGCGAGGAAAGCGACGUUAGUACGGAAUACGGGCAUGGUUCCUCGGUCGCCGACAGACUCCGAGCGAGGAAAAGGUCUGGGAAUGGCGGAGAAAACGAGGGCAUGAAGUUACGUUCGAGGGACACGACGCCGCAAAAGAAUAAGACGGAAAAGGAAAUGAAAUCGUCGUCUACGUCCAAGACCGUACCUUCGUCUCGAAAAGUGAAACCCAAGCCACUGUUCGGCGACGGUAGCGAUUUCAGGCCAGGCUGGGAGGAAGAGGUAUACGUCUACAAGAAAUCGUUGAGAAUGCCGACCAGACUGAUCACCGUCUCGAAACCUUCGAGAUUUCAUAGGCUAUCGACGUCUCUUCCCGAUUUGGAUCCCGGCUCGCCAGCUUUAUCGGUCUCCAUGGAUAGUUCGGACGUUUGCUUAGGUAGAAAGAGACUCGUUGACAGCGACAUAGAGUCCGAGUAUAGUUUCAGUAUUACUGGCCUUGGUAGUAAGAUAGACGACGAAGAAGCGACUUCCUCCACGACGAUAUCUUGUCCCCCGAAGACGACGACGACGAAACAAACCAGAUUGGAAAACAAUUCCAUCGUAGACGUGCUCGUGCAAAAAGUCGGCACCGGUAAAAAGGAUUCGAAGAGGAAACAACAGAAGGAAAAGUCCGAAAAGGGAACGAAGAUCCUUCAAAAGGGUAACAACGAACCCGAAUUGCUCCCAACGCCGAGUCUCACUCCUCUCCUUGCCUCGGAAGCUCCGAAAACCCCGAAGGGCAAGCCGUCGCCGAUCAAGAACAAACCUUUGAAGCCGAUCAAAGUUUCGGAUUCGUUCCUUUUGGGAUAUUUCCGUAAAGAGACGGUCAACAAUUUCCGCGAUACCUUCAAAAACAACCACGCGAUACCGAACGAGUUUUCGACGUUCGUUUUGAAUAGCAGAACGAGAACGGAGACGCGCGUUCUGAAGAAACAGACCACUAUCAGAGAAGUAUUCGGCGAGGACAGACCAGCGUCCGCUCCCCCUAUGCAAAAUCAUGGCGAUACUUCCCAAGACGAUGAUUCUCAAAACGAAGCCAUGGAAAAUACAUUAGGAAAGCCUCGUACGUUGAAGCAAAAGGUAGUGUCCAGAUUGAAAAACGCGAGUAUCCUAAGAAGUCACAAGGCAAUCGUCAAUUCGAAAAGACAUUUACUCAUCGCUAAGAGAAGAAAGGAUCUUCUGAAGUCUUUGGCCGAGAAGAAGUUGAAGCGCGUUAAGAAGGAAACGGAAGUCGAAGUGACGAAAGAAACGAACGAUACGCAGGAAGUUGAGAAUAACGAGAUAGAGGACGAGAAUAACGAGUCCGAGGUACCGAGCAAAAAGAAGUUAAAACUUCGAACCGGUAGGCGGAAAUUCCGUUCUGGAUUCGACUAUGUUAGGAAGAAAAAGAGACCCUUGAAAAAGGAUGACGCAGCACCCAAGGAAAGAAAAAGACAGAUAUUGUCAAGACCGAGUCCAGAAUGUGUUGCGGACAUUCAGUCGGAGAUCAGGACGUGGGUCAUUAAAAAGGGCGUUGGAGAAACUAUUUUACAUCGCGCCGCCAGACUCGGUCACACGGAUGUGACAGCCUACUGCUUAGAGAAACUCAACAGUGCACCGAGCCCGAAGGACAACGCGGGUUAUACGCCACUCCACGAGGCAUGCUCGAGGGGUCAUUUGGAAAUCGCCAAACUUUUGCUCGCUUAUGGCGCGAAUGCCAGCGAAAGUGCGAACGGAGGAAUAAGACCACUUCACGAGGCUGCGGAGAGCGGUUCAACGGAGUUGGUGCGAUUACUUUUAUCGUACGGUGCCGAUCCUCUACUAGCUACGUAUUCCGGGCAAACGCCAUUGAUGUUGGCGGUGGAAACCGAAGCUUACUCGAUUCUCGAGCAACACUUGGACGACAUCCAGGGACAUAGCAGUACGCCUUGGUCGUUCGGUGGACCUGCUUCGAUCUUUGACCCGGAAGAAACUGGAUACAAUCCUCUGAGCGAUCCACCUAUGGAUAGCCCAGAACCUGAACUCGAGGAGAUAGAAAUGGAGGUGAGCGAUGUGAACCUACCGGUCUUAUUUUCUCUUGCCAAUGAUUCGGACAAGUGGGUGCUCCUUCAAGAUUUAAUGGCAGCUCUCAGGAUAAAGAGUCGCGAUGCUCUCUUGCGUCAAGUGAAUCCAAAGGCACAUACCGGACCACCGGCUAUUGCUCAUCGCGACGUCAUGAGAGAACUUAAACUUCCUGAUUUCUUAGAACAGUCUCGAUGUUGUCAUCUAUUAAGCGGCGGCGAGAAGAUCAACGUCCGCGGAUCGAAGGUGACGCUGAUUAAGUACAACGAGAGGGUUAAGUCAUUGUUAAACGUCGAAAAGGUGCUAAUAAGUCUCAGGUGACAGGAGCCACCGCUGAGGGGAAGGGAUUCUCCUCAGGAAAGACCAUCCACAUCCUUUUCUUCUUCUUCUUCUUCUUCUUCUUCUUCUUCUUCCUCCUCUUCGUCCUCCUCCUUCCUUGCAAGCAAAUAUAAUCCAUCAAGAAAAAACGAAAACAAGA